AUGGCGUCAGCCACUUACAGCGACAUCCAGGACACUUUCACAGAGAAGGACCGUCUGCUGUCGUCUGUGUCUGGCUAUGGCUCUCAGGACCUGGUCAGUGGGGGUCCUGGUCCUGGUCCUGGUGGAGGACUACAGGGCUGUGGCUUCCAGCAUCAGGAAGAGGAGGAAGCUCUCAGGCGGAAACUCAAAUACUUCUUCAUGAGCCCGUGUGACAAAUAUCAUGCGAAGGGACGCAAACCUUUUAAACUGGGUCUACAACUGCUGAAAAUCAUCAUUGUCACAGUGCAGCUGGUGCUUUUUGGCCUGAGUAAUCAGAUGGUGGUCACAUUUAAGGACGAGAACACUGCAGCGUUUAAGCAUCUUUUUCUGAUGGGUUACCAGGACGACAGCCCCCAGGAAGUGUACUCACAAGACGAUCUCUACAGCCACAUUCACUUUGCCAUAGAUCAGUACCUGGCUCUGCCUCAGAUCUCCUUGGGCCGCUAUGCGUACGUACCGGGUGUUGGUUACAAUGACAGCGCCUUAUCACUGUGUCAGAGGUUGUACAAGAGAGGCUUCAUAGACCCCGUCAACGACACUUUCGAUAUUGACCCCUAUGUUGUCACCAAUUGCACAGGGGUGAAUCCUCACAUGUGUAAUCCUGCUCCUGGAAACAGUGAUUACAAGAAUUUUACUUUGAAAUUUUACAAGUUGAUCAACGUCACCAUUGACUUUCAACUAAAGGCUAUAAACAUUCAGACUAUUUUGAACAAUGAAAUACCUGACUGCUACACGUUUGCCAUAACGAUCGUCAUGGACAACCACGCUCAUAGUGGCAAAGUGAAAAUAAGUUUGCACAACCACGCCUCUAUUAAAGAGUGUAAAGACCCUAAUGUCUCUGGUCAUGCUGAGAAUUAUGCUCGGGAGAUGUUUGACGUCCUCGUGGCGAUAGUGUGUCUGCUGUCGUUGGUCCUGUGCGGGCGCUCCAUUUUGAGAGGAAUACUUCUACAACAUGAAUAUGUGCACUUUUUCAAGCACAGAUUCGGCCGUCAUGUGACCUGGUCUGAUAGAACGGAGUUUAUAAAUGGCUGGUAUAUUCUCCUUGUUAUCAGCGACCUAUUCACAAUAAUCGGGAGCUUCAUUAAAAUUGGAAUCGAGUCCAAGAAUAUUUCGUCAUAUGAUGUUUGUGGAAUCCUUUUGGGGACGUCCACUCUGCUGGUCUGGGUUGGAGUCAUACGUUACCUGAGCUUCUUUCAGAAAUAUAAUAUUCUGAUUAUCACCCUUAGAGCAGCCUUUCCCAAUGUAAUCCGAUUUUGCUGCUGUGUUGCCGCUAUUUAUUUGGGGUACUGUUUCUGUGGCUGGAUCGUGUUAGGACCGUAUCACACUAAGUUCCGCUCGCUGUCCACGGUGUCCGAGUGCCUCUUUUCUCUGAUAAACGGCGACGACAUGUUUGUGACGUUUGCGGAGAUGGAGCACAGCAGUCUUCUGGUGUGGAUCUUCAGCCAGAUCUACCUCUACACCUUCAUCUCUCUCUUCAUCUACAUGGUGCUGUCUCUCUUCAUCGCACUCAUCACCGGAGCCUAUGACACCAUCAUGGCUCAAACGCAGGAGCAGGUGCGCAUCACAGACCUCCACGCUUUCAUCGCAGAGUGCACGGACACGCCCAGCUCCGGAAAGUUCAGAGGACCAGAGGGAACGCCAUGCUCUUUCCUUUGCUGCUGUGAAUGGCUGAGGACAUACAACUGA